AUGGCAGCAGUGACAGCUCCCUCAGUUCAUCCUCUCAUCGGGCCUGCUCGCCCCACACCAAGCCAUCGCCGUCACACAGCCGCGCGCAGAGUGGCAGCAGUGACGGUGGCGGCGCGCGUGGCGGAGGAGAGGGGCGUGGGCGUGGGGCAGGAGGUGGGUUACAGCGUGCGAUUCGAGGACGUCACCAGCUCGCACACGCGCAUUAAAUAUCUUACCGAUGGCAUGCUUCUCAGAGCUUUGUGGCAUGAAGGUCAACUCCAUGUCACGUCCACCUACACCACGCGCAUCAAGUACCUCACUCAUGGCAUGCUGCUCAGGUGCGGUGAAUGCUCUGGUGAUUCCGUGUCCAUGGUCCCUUGCAACCUGUCUUGUCCUUAUUGGACCUUCUUCCACACUGCUUUGGCGUGCUGCUAUGGCGUGGUGGUGGACGAGGGUCAUGAGCGCACAUUGAAGCACCCAGGUGUGCAAGACGCACCAACACCCUGUUUCCACAUUCCCGAUGUCACAACCUCCAGGGAAGCACUUUUGGACCCUCUUUUGAAGCGGUAUGGCGUGGUGGUGGUGGACGAGGCCCACGAGCGCACUGUGAACACGGACGUGCUGCUGGGCCUGCUGCAGCAGGUGCAGGCCCGCCGCCAUGCGCUCGCCACAGGGCAGGCGGGUGUAGGGAUGGGUGGGCAGGGGCAGAAGGGGAAGGUGGUGGACGGUGGGAGAGAGGCGGAGGAUGGGGACACGGGGAGGCGGAAGGGGAAGAAGAGGCGGAGAGGAGAGGAGGGCAGGGAGGGGGAAGCAGACAGAGAGGCGGACGGGCAGAUUGGGGAGGCUGCUGCAGGCACAGGCACAGGCACAGGCGUAGUGGCAGGUGCAGGUGCAGGUGCAGGCACAGGUGCAAGCGAGGGCGAGUUGAAGCUGAUAGUCAUGUCGGCUACCCUGGAGUCGCGCAAGUUCCUCGACUUCUUCCCCGGCGCCCACGCUGUGUACAUCCGCGGCAGGCAGCACCCCGUGCAGGUGCUCUACACUCCCGCCCCCGAGCCUGACUUUCUCGACGCAGCGCUGGUAACCGUGUUACAGAUACACACGGAUCACCCUCUAGAGGGUACAGCCCCGGGGCAGGCGGGGGAUAUUCUCGUGUUUCUCACGGGGCAGGAGGAUAUAGAGGCCAUGGCCAGGCUGCUGCAGGAACGUGCGGCGAAGCUUCCUCCCGGGACGCCGCCGCUGGCGGUGGCGCCCAUCUAUGCGGCGCUGCCGGCGGAGCAGCAGAUGAACGUGUUCCGCCCCGCACCCGCUGGGUCCAGAAAGGUCGUUCUAGCGACCAACAUCGCCGAGACGUCAGUGACGAUCCCAGGCAUCCGCUUCGUGGUGGAUGCGGGGCUGGUGAAGGCGCGGGCGUUCAACUGCCGCACGGGUGUUGACUCGCUGGUGGUCGUGCCCGUGUCCAAGGCACAGGCCCGCCAGAGAAGCACCGCGCUCGACUCCCUCCCUCCAUGCCUCCAUUGCCUCCCUCCCUCCAUGCCUCCAUCCAUUGCCUCCCUCCCUCCAUGCCUCCAUCCAUUGCCUCCCUCCCUCCAUGCCUCCAUCCAUUGCCUCCCUCCCUCCAUGCCUCCAUCCAUUGCCUCCCUCCCACGUUCCAUCCGCUCCUGCAGUGGGCGAGCGGGCAGGGAGGCGCCGGGCAAGUGCUACCGGCUGUACACAGAGGGCACGUUCGACGCGCUGCCAGAGGCGCCCGUGCCGGAGAUGCUGCGCUGCAACCUCGCUGCUGUCGUGCUGCAACUCAUCGCCCUCGGGGUCAAGGACCUGCUCUCCUUCCCCUUCCUCGACCCGCCACCGCAGGCGCCAAGACUGCGGGCGCUGGAGCAUCUGGCGGCCAUACUGCGAGCUUUGGAGCAUCUGUUCUCGCUGGGAGCGCUCACACCAGACGGGAGCCUGUCGCCACAGGGGAAACACAUGGCGCGCUUCCCCCUCGACCCCGUCUUCGCCAAGGUGGGUGGGCGAGUUCAUGCUGAGGUGGGUGAGCGAGUGCACACAGGUGAGCACACAGCAGGUGACCAAUGCGCCGUGCUUGUGCCGCGGGGAAAGAGCAUGCUCCUCCUCACCAUCCGCUCCUUCAUCGACAGUGCUGCUGCAGGCCCGGCAGCCAUACUGGAUGCGUAUGGCCUUGGGUCAGCAGCAGUGGCAGGCGACAUGGUGGUAGCAUCGAGCACACGAAAGCGACCAUUCCCAGUUUCCAUGCUUGUUAUCCACCCAGCCGUCAGUGUCACUCUUUCCACUCCACCUCCCUCGCCCCCCCCACCUCACCAGGCCAUACUGGAAGCAUAUCGACUGGGGACAGCAGUGGCGGCGGACAGCAUGUGGCAGCAGCAGGCACAACCAUCCUCUGCACUCGUUAUGCUCACACCCAUCAUUGUCCCUCGCUCCCUCCGCUUCCCCCCCUUCCCUUCCCCUCCUCCACAGGCCAUACUGGAGGCAUAUCGCCUUGGAUCAGCAGCAGUGGCAGACGACAUGGUGGCAGCAGUGGCCAUGCUCUCUGUGGACUCGCCCUUCCAUACGCCCUCGCAUGCUGCUGCUGAGAUUUUUUGCCCGGAUGGCGACCAUCUCACGCUGGUGAACGUUCUGCGGGGUUAUCUGGCAGCGGGCAGCCAAAACACCAAGGCUGAUGACGUGGCAGAUGACGGGAGCAACAAAGAUGGGAGUCGUCGUGGUGGGGGUCCGGGGUUUGGGCGACAGGCGAAGGCGAGGGAGGGGAGGGUGCGGGCAUGGUGCAAGGCACACUACCUCAAUGGACGCUCUCUAAAAAAGGCAGCAGAUGUGUAUCGGCAAUUGCAAGCGUACUGUCACGGCCUCUCUCUACCUGUUGUCUCCAACUCGCCUCCACCUCCAUCGUCGUCAUCAGGACUCGCGGCCACGGGCACAGCAGCAGCAGCAGCAGCGCAGCGGCGGGACGAGUCGGUUGCGUUUCGCCGGGCGCUGACAGCAGCCUUCUUUGCCAACGCUGCCAAGAAGCAAGCCGACGGCACAUACAGAUGUGCGCAUGAGAAUGCAGUGAUAGCCUCAUGCACCCUCAUGCGCACACCACUCUCAGGUGCUGUGCUCUCAGGUGCCAUGCUCUCAGGUGCCAUGCUCUCAGGUGCCAUGCUCUCAGGUGCCAUGCUCUCAGGUGCUGUGCUCUCAGGUGCCAUGCUCUCAGGUGCCAUGCUCUCAGGUGCUGUGCUCUCAGGUGCCAUGCUCUCAGGUGCCAUGCUCUCAGGUGCCAUGCUCUCAGGUGCUGUGCUCUCAGGUGCCAUGCUCUCAGGUGCCAUGCUCUCAGGUGCCAUGCUCUCAGGUGCUGUGCUCUCAGGUGCCAUGCUCUCAGCCCCCCCCGGCCUUGUUACCGCCACCACGUUCUGCCUGCCUUCAUAUUGCCCGCCUCUCUGCCUUCUCACCUGUGCCCUCGCCUUCCAGGGCACUAGCAAGCGGGCAGGUGGUGGCGAUUUACCCAACCUCUGCCUGCCUUCACUAUUGAAGCACACCGGCAUCCUCCUCUCGCCCUUCCCCCCUGUGCUCCCUCUCCUCUCGCCCUUCCCCCCUGUGCUCCCUCUCCUCUCGCCCUUCCCCCCUGUGAUCCCUCUCCUCUCAGGGCACUAG